UCUGAAAUACAAGAUGAUUUUGUGAUGUACACUGCAAAAAAGAAAUUCUAUCCUAGUGUGUGACUCCGUUGCAGGUUUUGUUUUGAGUUUGUGAACUGUUUAUUUAUGUACUGCUUGAUAAGAUGAGGAUUGCAAUGCACACACCAAGUAUAGGUUCAAUCACUACACCGAUCACCUGAAAAUGUACAUUUUGAUAUACAUGCCAAAGGUCUGUCUAAAUGAGACUCAAUGAGACUUGUGUUUUUUGGCCAAGACAUGGUUGGAUCUGUUGGGUCUGAGCUGUGGACGAGGUUUGAUCAUUUCUCUCUCCUGUCCUUAGUUCCCAGAGUGUGGAUUCUUUGGAAUGUAUGACAAGAUCCUUCUCUUUCGGCAUGACCUGAAUUCCGAAAACAUCCUCCAGAGACUUACUUCAGCUGAGGACAUUCAUGAAGGGGAUCUUAUAGAGGUUGUGCUCUCUGCCCAGGCCACAGUGGAAGACUUCCAGAUCCGACCCCAUGCCCUUUACGUUCACUCCUACAAAGCGCCCGCUUUCUGCGACUACUGUGGAGAGAUGCUGUGGGGCCUUGUCCGACAAGGCCUUAAAUGUGAAGGUUGUGGUUUGAACUACCAUAAGCGAUGUGCUUUUAAAAUCCCCAACAACUGCAGUGGGGUGAGGAAGAGACGACUGUCCAAUGUGUCCCUGCCAGGCCCGUCCCUGUCCAUCCCACGGCCCCUCCCAGCAGAGCAUGCUGUGGUCCUCCAGGAGGAGCAGCGCCCCCAUCAGGAGGCAGGGAAGCGCAUCCCCUCCUGGAGCGGCCGGCCAAUCUGGAUGGAGAAGAUGGUUCUGGGGCGGGUCAAGGUGCCACACACCUUCGUCAUCCACACGUACACACGCCCCACCAUCUGCCAGUUCUGCAAACGCCUGCUCAAAGGGAUCUUCCGCCAGGGAAUGCAAUGUAAAGACUGUAAAUUCAAUUGUCACAAACGAUGUGCGUCAAAGGUGCCAAAAGACUGCCUGGGUGAAGUCAUCUUCAAUGGAGAACCAGCCAGUCCCGGUCCAGACUCAGACACCACCAUGGAGGUGGACAGCAGUGACGUGAACAGUAACAGCAGCCGAGGGCUGGAUGAUUCUGAGGAGCCGUCCACGCCAGAGGACAAGAUCUUCUUCAUGGACUCUCCAGACCUGGACCGCAAGAAGGAUGAGGAGCCGGUGAAGACCAUCAGCCCCUCCACCAGCACCAGCACCAACAUCCCCCUGAUGCGGGUGGUGCAGUCCAUCAAGCACACCAAGAGGAGGAGCUCCACCAUGGUCCGCGAGGGCUGGAUGGUGCACUACACCAGCACAGAUAACAUGAGGAAGAGGCACUACUGGAGGCUGGACAGCAAGAGUCUGACCUUAUUUCAGAAUGACUCAGGGGCUAAGUUCUAUAAGGAGAUUCCGCUGUCAGAGAUCCUUCAGGUGGAGUCUGUGAAGGACUUCAGCAGCCUGGCUCUGGGUGGGAGCCCCCACUGCUUUGAGAUCAUCACGGCCACCAUGGUCUACUACGUGGGGGAGAACACAGUGGGCCCUCACCCUUACGUCCAUAACCCUGUGCUCGCUGCGUCCGGCGUGGGCCUGGAUGUAGCCCAGGGCUGGGAGAAGGCCAUCAGGCAGGCCCUGAUGCCCGUCACACCGCAGCCUAGUGUGUGUGCCGUUACCGGACAGGGCAAAGACCACAAGGAGCUGUCCAUCAGCAUCUCCGUGUCUAACAGUGAAAUCCAGGAGAAUGUGGAUAUCAGCUCAGUCUACCAAAUCUUUGCAGACGAAGUGCUGGGAUCGGGGCAGUUUGGAGUUGUUUAUGGAGGGAAACACCGGAAAACAGGGAGGGAUGUGGCCAUCAAAGUGAUUGACAAGAUGAGAUUCCCCACCAAACAGGAGAGCCAGCUGAGGAAUGAGGUGGCCAUUCUACAGAACUUGCAUCAUCCUGGAAUUGUCAACCUGGAGUGCAUGUUUGAGACACCAGAGAGAGUCUUCGUUGUCAUGGAGAAGCUCCACGGCGACAUGCUGGAAAUGAUUCUGUCCAGCGAGAAGAGCAAACUCCCCGAGCGGGUCACCAAAUUCCUUGUCACACAGAUCCUGGUGGCCCUGAGGCAUCUUCAUUUCAAGAACAUUGUUCACUGUGACCUGAAACCUGAAAAUGUUCUUCUGGCCUCAGCAGAACCGUUCCCUCAGGUGAAGCUUUGUGAUUUUGGGUUUGCGCGCAUCAUCGGCGAGAAGUCGUUUCGGAGGUCGGUUGUUGGAACCCCAGCGUAUCUGGCCCCUGAAGUCCUGAGGAGUAAAGGCUACAACCGCUCGCUGGACAUGUGGUCCGUGGGCGUCAUCGUCUACGUGAGCCUGAGCGGAACCUUCCCGUUUAAUGAGGACGAGGACAUCAACGACCAGAUCCAGAAUGCAGCGUUUAUGUAUCCCCCGACGCCCUGGAAGGAGAUCUCCCCUGAAGCUACAGAUCUCAUCAACAAUCUUCUCCAGGUCAAGAUGAGGAAGCGGUACAGUGUGGACAAGUCUCUCAGUCACCCGUGGCUGCAGGACUAUCAGACCUGGUUAGAUCUGAGGGAGUUUGAGACGCGGAGAGGUGAGCGAUAUAUAACCCACGAGAGUGAUGACGCACGGUGGGAGGAGUACUCCAACCAGCACAGCCUUGUUUACCCCAAACACUUCAUCAUGGCUCCCAACCUAGAUGACAUGGAUGAGGACCCCUAGUGUCCUGGAGGACUGUGUGUGUGCGUGUGUGUGUGUGUGUGUGUGUGUGUGUGUGUGUGUGUGUGUGUGUGUGUGGAAGUAUGAGCAGUGACAGCAGAUUUCUCUGCUCGUGAGGGGACUCCAGGAGAACGUGGCCUUCUGUUGGCUGCUGUUGGUCCAACACACAUGUGGUCUUGGAGCAGGGCAGGAAGCAGAGCACUGUUCUCAACACACAUGUGGUCUUGGAGCAGGGCAGGAAGCAGAGCACUGUUCUCAACAGACAUGUGGUCUUGGAGCAGGGCAGGAAGCAGAGCACUGUUCUCAACAGACAUGUGGUCUUGGAGCAGGGCAGGAAGCAGAGCACUGUUCUCAACACACAUGUGGUCUUGGAGCAGGGCAGGAAGCAGAGCACUGUUCUCAACAGACAUGUGGUCUUGGAGCAGGGCAGGAAGCAGAGCACUGUUCUCAACACACAUGUGGUCUUGGUUGCCGGGAUCUGAGGAGGUGCUGCAAAUGAAUAUGGGGCAAAUGGCGGCCCCAGUGGACAGACUUAUAAAGACACAUUUAGUUUUUCUCAUCCUCUCUUUUGUAAUAUAUCUAUAUUUUUAUAUUUAAACAUACAUUCCUUGCCUUUGGAUGGGUAAUUGCCAUUCUGAACUUUAGCCUUUUGAAAGCAGAAAGAGUGCAACCGAACAUGCAGUAGUAGAACAUUAUUGUUAUUAAUGACAAGAAUGAUAAUAUUAAAUGCCAUUUUAAUUCGAAGAAGUUGAGAUGUUUGCCUGCAUGAUUUUAUUGUAACGUGAAUUUGAAUUGUUCAUUUGUUUUCUGCUUGUUAUUUCAAUAAUGUUUGAGGGUAUUGAACUGGAACCUUUUUCUUCUAUAUUUCAAUGUUAUCUGAGAGAGUAAGGUUCGGUGCCGUAUCUCACCCUUGAUCAUCUUUGAUGCAAGCUACUGGACCAUCAUCAAGAGACAAGAACUCUGGCUGCUAUGAAAUUACAUUUUAGUAUCCUCGUGAUAAAAGACCAAAGAUGCACAGCCAGGGUAUACUGCAAAGUAUUUAAUGGCUCCAGCUCCAGCUCCAGCUCCAGCCCAAACCCUUUAAACAGAUUCUCUAAAGAAAAGAAGAUGAGUUCCUAAGUACCAAAGACCAGUCCCCUCAAAAGCACCGUAAGGCACAUGGGAGUUCAAUACUCAAUGGUGACUUUGAGUCUUUUGAAUCGAAAGCUAAGCAGUCUGAACCUAUGGAGCUUCAGUGGAAUGCAGUGGUAUGAGAUCAUUCCCUUUAAAUCAGUACUCAGGAUGCCUUACCUUACCACUGCAUAUUAAAACUUUCAUGGGCUGUAUGGCUAGAGAAAUCGAAUGACGAUACAUGACACUAACUGUCAUAUUUUGGAAUUUUGGACUACAAUCUUGUUCAUUUUCUUGAAUAUAUUUGUUUUCUUUGAGAACAUACAUAAGUAUAAAUACCCUAAUGUGCAUCCCACUCAUGACGUUUUUUUCACAACAUUCGAUUCUGAACAUUUCUUAUUUCAUGUGGCUUGUAGUUAAACAUGUUGGAUGACACUAAUGUUGUCUGCAUCAUCUGUAUGUCUUUGGUAGACAAGGCACCCCAAUACUAUAGCAUACCAUACGUUUCUUCAGUUUUUCUAAUGACCAUUCUAAUGCCAGAAGGCUUUUCCCUAAGGCUUUGGCAUUUUGGUUGCAGACAAUGGCACAAAGACACGAGUCCCAGCCUUUUUGAAAGUUUCUGAAUGAUUUCACUAAAGAUUGUGACGUGUGCGUAAUGUCUUUAACUUGGAGAGGAGCCCAUUGUGAUCGCCUCCUUUCACAGCCAAUCAUUUUGGGAUUGCAAUGACUUCUGGUAACAUGUUUACUUUAAAUCUAUUACACAGACAGGCCUGCCUUUCAAAAAGAAGUCGACAAGAGACUAGGAUGCACUUUCUGUUGUGCUAUGUCUGAGUACUACAGUGUUAAGCAAUUGCUGAAGUCUACAGGCCACAUCUAGUCUCGGCUAGACAAUGAUGGCUGAGUUUCCACUUCAAAUUAACUUAAUGGGGUUUGGGACUUAAUGCAUGACCACAAAAAGAACAAUGUGUAUGUAGCUUUCAAAGGAGUUAAUGUCAGUGUCUCAGAGAGGUUAGAAUGCUCAAAAGUAAAAACCCACUUUUCUGUACGCCAAGGUCUGUUCACUGCCACUGGUUGGACAUGUGUCUGUAUCAGGGGCCAUAUUAACUCACUUUGGCAGACUGAAAGACUGAAGUCUUGUUUGGAGUGGCAAGACACCAUCUCAGCCGAAUGUGACAUUAUGCUUUGGGAUUUUGGAAACACCUUUGUACUGUCUAUGUUGCCACUGGAUUGGCAGUUGUAAGUGUUUUGUAUAUUUUAGUACAUACAGAUUUUAAUUAAAAAAAUCAACCAA